AUGGACUCUCUUGCCAACGUCCUGCGCACAUCGGAGGCCAUUCCGUUCGCCUCUGUCUCUGCCCAGCGCCGCGACGGCUCUCACAUCAUCUCACUAAACGUCGACAGGAACGUCUUUCAGACCUCCGCCAAGAAGCCUAUUGGCGACCAGACCGUUUACGCCCUGGCUUCACUCACCAAGUUGCCCACGACAGUCGCCGCCUUACAGCUCGUCGAGAAGGGUCUCAUCGCCUUGGACGAUGAUGUGUCCAAGAUUGUCCCUGUAUUGGGAAGACAGAAGGUCUUGUCUGGCUGGAACGACGAUGGUACCCCCAUCUUGACGCCAAGGAGCGGGCCGCUUACACUGCGACAUCUCCUCACACACUGCGCUGGAGUCUCGUACGACUUCAACGACGAGCAGCUGCAACGCUACCACAAGCACAGGGGGUCUAAGCCAAGUCACGGCGCAACAGUGGACGAGCGCUUCAAUCUACCCCUGCUCACGGAGCCAGGAGAGUCGGGCUGGGUGUACGGCGGGGGGCUCGACUGGGUCGGCAAGAUUGUCGAGAGCCUGAGUGGCCUGAGUCUGGAGGAGUACUUCAAGAGGCAUCUAUGGAAGCCCCUUGGCGUCCAAAGUUUCACCUUCUGGCCCCAGUCCCUGAAAGACACGGGCCACGACCUGGCCGCCAUGAUCGCAAGGUCGCGACGAACAGGGAAACUCAGGCAGCUGCCUGUCGUCGGACUCCCGUUCAACCAGGGAGCCGAGGACUGCUUCGGUGGCCAAGGUGCCUUCUGCUCUUCCAAUGACUUCAUGAAGCUCCUGCACGCUCUGUUGGUGAAUGAUGGCACGUUACUGCGCAGGGAGACGGUGGACAUGAUAUUCGAGGGACAACUCCCACAAGGGUCCAGACACGCUCUCGAAGCGUCAAUGAAAGAGCCAACGUGGACACUAGGGGAGUACAGUCCCGAGGAGGUCUACGAUUGGGGAUUGGGUGGCCUGCUCAUCAACACAGCUUCGAACAACACAGGCUCUAUCAAGCAAGAAGAGGCAACAAUGACAUGGGGAGGAGCCGCCAAUCAGUUCUGGUUCAUUGAUCGGAAGAAGGGUAUUUGCGGCCUGUUCAUGACUCAGGUCCUGCCACAAGGUGACCCCGACAUCAGGAAGCUGAUCCAAGAGUUUCAUACCCUGGUGAACCGAGAUGGCGAGGAGCCGAAAAGCAGGCUCUGA